UCACUGUGGGUGUACGUUAUCGAUCCGCGUGUGUUGUUUGUCUGUCCUAUAUCAUCAACCGAAGGAGCCAUACACAAUAGUGUGCUAUUGUUGGUGUCAUUGUGUGUGUGUGUGUGGGGGGGAUCAUUACUGUGAUCAUCAGCUCAUCGAAUUUCCCUUGCCGGAUCUUUACACAUUAUCAUCCCCAUCACAGGAAGCUCAAAACAAUUCACCGUCCGUUUGAGUGUGUAUGUGUGUGUGUGUGUGUGGUACGUCCCGGAGCGUAUUUGUUGCUUGUUGUGUGUUGCAGUGCAGAAAUUUGAACAGAAAAAUUAGUUGGUCUAGUUGUGUUGGUGAAGAAACUGGUGGUACCAACGAAGUGUAGAGAAGGUGGUAGCAAUUCAUUAAGAGUUACAGAAGACGCGCAAGCGUUCGAUCAGUAAGUUUGGGAGUUUCGCUAGGAAAGGCAACAAGAACAAUUGGCAGCCAAAAAAGCACAUUAUCAUUCUAUAUUCACAAUCACCGUGUGUUUUGAGCUGUGCAUGUAGUGGCUGGGAACGUUGUGUAGUUGUCUAAAGGCCAAAAAAGGAACACAUCUCUUUGUUCGUCAAAAUGUUCAUCGAGGAAGAUAUUAACAUGGAAAGCGUCUGGGUGCAGUCGGCGAUCGGGGCGAUCAAGAUCAUCACGAUGGUGUACGACAUCAUCACGAUGCCGAUCUAUCUGGCCAUCCAGCGACCCUGGAAGCGAAGACAGCUCGCCCGCCGGGUGAAGGCCAAGAUCAUCCAGCAGGACAGCAGCUCGAUCACGUACCGGUCGGUCGAUUCGCCCGGUGAGAUGCACGUAAAGAUGAUGCAGAACAACAUCGACACGCUCGAGCGUAUGUUCAACUUCGUUACGAAGGUGCACACCACCAAGCGGUGCAUCGGAACGCGCCAGAUCCUGGGCGAGGAGGACGAGAUGCAACCGAACGGACGGAUGUUCAAGAAGUUCCGCAUGGGCGACUACGUGUGGCGCAACUUCAUCGAGACGGAGCACGCGGCCGCCUGCUUCGGUCGCGGCCUGCGCGAGCUGGGCCAGGAGCCGAAGCAAAACAUCGUCAUCUUUGCCGAAACGCGGGCCGAAUGGAUGAUUGCGGCGCACGGUUGCUUCAAGCAGAACAUGCCGGUGGUGACGAUCUACGCCACACUCGGGGAUGACGGUGUGGCACACGGUAUCAACGAGACGGAGGUAACGACCGUGAUUACGUCCCACGAGCUGCUGCCCAAGUUUAAGAGCGUACUGAACGUGACGCCGAAUGUGAAGAAAAUCAUCUUCAUGGAGGACCAGCUGCACCCGACCGAUACGACCGGCUUCAAGGAGGGCGUGGAAAUCAUCCCGUUCAGCAAGGUGAUCGAGAUUGGCAACACGAGCACGAUCCCUGGAUCCCCGCCGGUCGCUGAAGACACCGCCAUCAUCAUGUACACGUCCGGCUCGACCGGUACGCCCAAGGGUGUCCUGCUGUCGCACGCCAACUGUAUCGGCACGAUGAAGAACUUCUGCGAUAUCUUCAAAAUCUAUCCGGACGAUGUGCUGAUUGGGUUCCUACCGCUGGCGCACGUGUUUGAGCUGCUGGCCGAGAGUGUGUGCUUGCUCACGGGCGUACCGAUCGGCUACUCGACACCGCUCACACUGAUCGACUCGAGCAGCAAGGUGAUGAAGGGCUGCAAGGGCGAUGCGUCAGUGUUACGACCGACUUGCAUGACCUCGGUACCGCUCAUCCUGGAUCGAAUUUCGAAGGGUAUCAACGACAAGGUGAACGCAGAAGCACCGAUGAAGAAAGCGUUCUUCAAGUUCGCGUACAACUACAAAUCGAAAUGGACUGCUCGUGGCUACCAGACACCGCUAAUGGACAAGAUUCUUUUCAAGAAGAUCGCAAAGUUGCUCGGAGGACGUAUCCGCAGUGUACUGUCCGGUGGUGCUCCACUUGCACCGGAUACGCACGAACAGAUUAAGCUAUGCCUGUGCGUCGAUGUGAUCCAGGGUUACGGUCUUACGGAAACCACUGCCGGAGCGGCAGUAAUGGACAAAUGGGACAUGGAGUACAGCCGAGUCGGUGCACCGUCCUCAAGCAAUGACAUACGAUUGAUAAACUGGGAGGAAGGAAACUAUCGGGUCACGAAUAAGCCCUACCCACAGGGCGAGAUCGUGGUCGGUGGUACAACCGUAUCGAAGGGCUAUUACAAACUCCCUGGCAAAACGCAGGAAGACUUCUUCGAGGAGGACGGCCAGCGAUGGUUCCGUACCGGUGACGUGGGUGAAAUCCAUCCCGAUGGUGCGCUUAAGAUUAUUGAUCGUAAGAAGGACUUGGUGAAACUGCAGGCGGGCGAAUAUGUGUCGCUGGGCAAGGUGGAAUCGGAACUUAAAACAUGCCCCGUGGUGGAAAACAUCUGCGUGUACGGUGACUCCACGAAGCAGUACACUGUGGCGCUGGUUGUGCCGAAUCCCAAACAUCUGGAGGAGAUCGCAGAGCGGCUGGACAUUCGCGGGGUCGAGUUUGAGGACCUGUGCGACAACAAGAAGCUAGAAAAGGCCGUACUGCAAGAACUGGCUGACCAUGGUCGUAAAUGCAAACUGCACCGUAGCGAAAUUCCCGCCGCCGUACACCUGUGCAAGGACAUCUGGACGCCCGAUAUGGGUCUGGUGACGGCCGCCUUCAAGCUGAAGCGCAAAGACAUCCAGGAACGGUAUCAGGCCGAAAUUAGCAAGAUGUACGCGUCGUAGAUUGCGUUGUUGGUGGCACCGGCUAUAUUAGCACCAACAGUCAACUACUUCCACAAAAAAACACAGCAACCCACAACGCGCGCAUGCAGACAUACAAACCAUACACACAACAUACCAAGAGAAAGAAGAAGCGCGAUUUGUACGUAAGGCUGUAGAAAUUAUUCACAUAUAACGAACGCAAAGACAGCAAGCUCUAAAAGUAGCAUUACGCAUAAGAUCCGUGAUCGUCGUCGCACCCGUAGCCGGUGCGUGAGCUUUCGCGGACGAUGGGCGCCAAAAUCGCUUCGAUCUCUUCGUUCGCUCUCUUACCAACACCUACCCCCUCCGGUCCUGGUUCUCCGUCAGCGCGUUUGCGCUCUUCUCGUGCUCCUUUCGCUCAGAGGCAGAGCACUGGAAUUAUUUUGCGAACUAGUUGAAAAGGACAUCAUCUCCCAAUCCUCCCCACACCCAUCAUAUCCAUCCUCCGAACCAUGUGGAUGGAUUGUACAUUGGGUACUAAGUGUAAAGCAACACUACUACUACUACCAAGCUGUGGCGCUGGACGUUCAAGCAAGCAGGGGCGGAGGAACACAAGGAGCAAAGCAACAUUUCACACACUACCGAUGGAAAGGAAUUGCAUUCGAGAGGAAAGAAGGGGGAAAAUGCACCUGCGGAGAUGCAAAGAGGGAAUGUGAGAGAGAGAGGGAAAGAGAGUAAGAGAGAUAAAGCCGACAAGAUGAAGUUUUGUUUCUUAAGUAAUGCUAAUGCUAGUGCGGCACCCACCACGUGGCUAGUCGUAUUUCUGGGACCUUCGAGUGGAGUAAUAUUGUUUUUUGUUUGUUUGUUUGAUCGUUUUUUCGUUUCAUUAUGCAUAUACAUUUUUCUACUCGUCAUCGGUUUCUUGCUGUACUUCUUGGUUAGCUAUAGUUUAUCGUUUUGUAUUUUUUAGUACGGUAGAGCACAGCGCACGACGGUUGCACGUUCGUUCACCUCGAUAUGUGUGAGGUGUGCGUGCGUAGUGUGAGAAAAAAGAAGAAAAAAAAAGCGCGAUUAUAAACAUUACAAUUGAGCGACUCUCGUGUACCGUUUCUUCAGUGUAUGUUCCUUCAAUGUACAUUCGUUUUAAGUCGCGUUCUUGUUCUACCAUUUUGCGUUGGUGUGCCGCUGCACUAGAUGCCAAUCGAAUAGUUUGUUAUACAUUAAGAGACGGUUUGACUUUUCGUUGCAAUUUUGUUUUUAAAGUAAGGAAAAAAUCCUAAAAGAAAUGAAACAAGGCGGGGAUGCGAUGCUGUGUAGCUGUAGCAGUAGUAGGGAGUAGCAGUAUAGUAGCAAUGAAAUACCAUAUUUAUGUGAAUUUCGAAAAGGAAGCCCAGAAUUGCACGACGAUGUGGGUCGGAGGAGGAGGGGUGGUGCGAAAUGUGGCCCACAUUGGGGUGGUAUGGUGUGCGGUGGGGUCCUUUUCGUCUAGCAGGAUGAACAAAACACGGAACAUGGUUCGGAUCAACAUUGUUCCGGUUAACUGUUUCAAGGGAGUGGGGUUUGUAUAGGCAGGGUAGUUAGGAACGACUUUAAUGAAAACAUGCGGAAAUUCCAAAAACACAAGGGCUUGGAAUAUUUUUUGGAAAACAAAAAGAACACAUUAGGAUGGCUUAUCAAAGAAAUGCAAAGUGCGGAUGUGAACAUGUUAGGAAACAGAUUCGAAGGGACGGGGAUAGAUGUGGGUCUCUUGAAUAAAGUAGUAAAAUCGAA